AUGAUACAUACAGGAGAGAGAGUGUACAAGUGUGAUGUGUGUGGUUAUGCAUGUAUCCAGAAGAGUAACUUGAAGAGACACAUGACGAUACAUACAGGAGAGAAACAGUACAGGUGUGAGGUAUGUGGUUAUAAGUGUAACCUGAGUGGUAACUUGAAGACACACAUGCGGAUACAUACAGGAGAGAGAGUGCACAAGUGUGAGGUGUGCGGUUAUGCAUGUAACCUGAGUGGUCACUUGAAGACAAACAUGCGGAUACAUAUAGGAGAGAGAGUGUACAAGUGUGGGAUGUGUAGUUAUGCAUGUAACGAGAGUGGUACCUUGAAGACACACAUUAGGAUACAUACAGGAGAGAGGCCGUACAAGUGUAAGGUGUGUGGUUAUGCAUGUAACGAGAGUGGUAACCUGAAGACACACACGAGGAUACAUACAGGAGAGAAACUGUACAAGUGUGAGGUGUGCAGAGAGAGGCCGUACAAGUGUGACUUGUGUGGUUAUGCAUGUAACAGGAGUGGUACCUUGAAGACACACAUGAGGAUACAUACAGGAGAGAGGCCGUACCAGUGUGAGAGUAGCAUCUUGAAGACACACAUGACGAUACAUACUGGAGAGAAACUGUACAAGUGUGCGGUGUGUGGACAUUCAUUUAGCAAGAGUAGUACCUUGAAGACACACAUGGCGAUACAUUCGGGCGAGAGGGAGUACAAGUGUGAGGUGUGUGGUGUCGUGGUCUCAUUAGCUGACAGGGUAGCUCUUAAUCAGAUCGUGCUAAUGCACAGGCUGGCCUGGAGAUAUUCUGGCAGCAAAUAG